AUGUUUGUUCGGCGAAUACAAGCCGGACUUUCACACUAUCACUCUAGGCACUGCCCCUGGCCCUGCGCGCGCCCUCACGCUCUCAACUUGUCGCUCAUGUCGGUAGCAGAGAGCUGCUUGCCCGAAAGAGACUCCAAAAGCAUCGCAGCAAAUGCAUAA